AUGAUGUCAUCAGAUUUGGAAAUUGAUUAUACAAGUAAGUGGUAUUACAUUAACAACAUGUAUUUUAUCCUACAAAAUGAUAAAAUUUAUAGAUCAUCUUCAAUACCACAAGGUCAAUUUGAACAAAUUUUUCAAGCUGAUAGAGACAUUGAAGCUUUAUGUUAUGGAUCAAAUGUUUAUGUUCUCGUUUCAGGUGAAAUGGUCUAUUCAUAUCCCGUAAGUUAUAACAGACAUAUUUAUUUAUCACAGGAUUUAUCAAAUUGGGAAUUGGUUUAUUCAUUCACUCCAAAACUUACUCAAAAUUAUAGAUUUACAAAUUUAUUUUAUAUUGAUGGGUAUUUCAUUGCUUUAGGAUGUGGUGAUUUAGUAAAUAUCAGUAGUGAUGGAAGAAACUGGUCUGAAAUCACAAAAUUUCAAGAUGUUAGAAAAGCAAUUUUCAAAAAUAAUACGUUAAUAUUGAUAACAAGACCAGUUUUAAAUACUCACCCAAAUUCAAUAUUAUAUAAUAAAUUCAAUAUUCAUAAUGGAUUAAAUACAAUUCUUGAGAUGAUUUACCCCAUUGGUUCUAUUUAUACGUCAAUGAACUCAACAAAUCCAGCAACAGUUCUGGGUUUCGGUACGUGGAAGUAG